AUGAAGUUCCUCGCAACUGCCGUGCUGGUGGGCCUCACGCUGGCGGAAACGCUCGACGUGGCGUGCCCGACCGUCACCAAGUCGAUCCUCAACCCAGACUGCAACAAGGCAUGCGGCUCGGCCGACUGUUCGUUUGUGACGACGGUGCAGAACCCAUGCGGCUGCCCCACCGCCGUGCCAACGGCGACUCUCCUCGCGCCCUGCGAGGCCGGCUGCCCAUACGACGGGUGCCGCGUCGAGUACCGGAGCGUGCAGCAGACGUGCUCCACGACGACGCAGCAGACCCGCAGGCCGCGCCCGACAAGCAGCACCUCGUCGACGACGUCCUCCCAGGCGACGGUCGUCACCGGGAUCACGACCCUGCCGCCGAAGGUGACGCCCACGACGGCCGCCUGCCCCACGGUGACGGUGCACUCCCAGCCGGCCGACUGCGCGCCCCUGCGGUGCCCGGUGCCGACCUGCUACGUGCGGGAGACCAUGGAGGUGCCCUGCGGCUGUGACCCCCAGACUUUGCUGUACGUGGAGGGCUGCUCGACCGUGUGCGACGAGGGCUGCGCGACGCGGACGUCUACCGUCAGCCAGGAAUGUGCGAGGGCAACUGGCCUUCAAUAG